GUGGAUGUUGCCGAGAGCAUUCGCCAAUCCAGUCCGUUUUUGACAGUUUCGCGGCCGCCAGACUGGAUAAAAUUUUCGCCAGUACCCUGUGCGCAUCAGGGACGGAACGUAGCCGCUGUGUGAAAAGCGUAACCAAGAAAACAACAAGGGACCGUCGCCCCGCACUAUUAUGUAACUCCCCGAUGCCCGCCUGCUAUCCGUUGUGACCGGUGUUCUAGUGCGAGACAGUGCGGGUCGCGAGUGCCAUGUUUUUCUAGGCGACUUGUGCAAGUGAUCGCGCAAAAUGGCGGACUUAGAGGCGGUUUUGGCCGAUGUCAGCUACCUCAUGGCUAUGGAGAAGAGCAAGUGCACGCCGGCCGCGAGGGCCAGCAAGAAAAUCGUCCUGCCCGACCCCAGCGUACGCAGCGUGAUGCAUAAGUAUCUGGAGAAGAAGAACGAAGUCAAUUUUGACAAGAUUUUUCAUCAGACUUUAGGUUAUUUAUUAUUUAAGGAUUUUUGUGAAAACCUUUCCGAGGAAGAUGUUCCACAGCUUAGAUUUUAUGAAGAGAUAAAAACGUACGAGAAGCUGGAAUGCGCGGAAGAGAGAAAAAAACAGGCGAAGGACAUUUACGACAAUUUUAUUAUGAAAGAACUUUUAUCUAGAUCUCAUGACUAUUCCAUGUCUUGCCUUCAACAUGUGCAGACGCACCUCAUUAGAAAUGAAUUCCCUGUUUCCUUAUUUGAAUCGUACAUAGAAGAAAUUUAUAACCAAUUAAGGGACGAGCCUUUUAAAAAAUUCUUAGAAAGUGAUAAAUAUACCAGGUUUUGUCAAUGGAAAAAUUUAGAAUUAAAUAUACAGUUGACCAUGAACGACUUCAGCGUGCACCGGAUCAUAGGUCGCGGCGGCUUCGGCGAGGUCUACGGCUGCCGGAAAGCCGACACGGGCAAAAUGUACGCAAUGAAGUGUCUGGACAAAAAGAGGAUCAAAAUGAAGCAGGGCGAGACGUUAGCGCUGAACGAGCGAAUCAUGCUCUCCUUGGUCAGCACGGGCCAGGAUUGCCCCUUCAUAGUGUGCAUGACGUACGCCUUCCACACGCCCGACAAGCUCUGUUUCAUAUUGGACCUCAUGAACGGAGGCGACCUUCACUAUCAUCUCAGUCAGCAUGGCGUGUUCAAUGAGAGCGAGAUGAAGUUUUAUGCGGCCGAAGUGAUAUUAGGAUUGGAGCAUAUGCAUAGACGUUACAUUGUAUAUAGAGAUUUAAAACCAGCCAAUAUAUUAUUAGACGAACAUGGACAUGUUCGGAUAUCGGAUUUAGGUUUAGCCUGUGAUUUUUCCAAGAAAAAACCCCAUGCUAGUGUAGGAACCCACGGUUACAUGGCACCGGAAGUAUUAUCGAAAGGCACGGCGUACGACUCGAGCGCUGACUGGUUCAGCUUCGGGUGCAUGCUGUACAAGCUGCUGAAGGGCCAUUCGCCGUUUCGCCAGCACAAAACCAAAGAUAAACACGAGAUAGACAGGAUGACGUUGACAAUGAACGUCGAAUUGCCUGACACGUUCAGCAAAGAGUUAAAGUUAUUAUUAGAGGGAUUACUGCUAAGGGAUAUUGAGAAAAGACUUGGAUGCAAAGGAAAUGGCGCUGACGAAGUCAAGGACCACGCGUUUUUCGCCGGCAUCGACUGGCAACAGGUCUACCUCCAAAAGUACACGCCGCCUCUUAUACCGCCCCGCGGGGAGGUGAACGCCGCCGAUGCCUUCGAUAUCGGCUCCUUCGACGAGGAGGACACUAAAGGCAUCAAGUUGACUGAUGCAGACCAAGAUUUGUACAAAAAUUUCCCUCUAGUGAUAUCGGAACGGUGGCAAAAUGAAGUGGCCGAAACAGUAUUUGAAACGAUCAACUUCGAGGCUGACAAAACUGAGCACAAGAAGAAAGCGAAACAGAAAAAAUUGUACGAUUUGGACGAAAAAGAAUCGGACUGCAUUUUGCACGGUUACAUAAAAAAAUUGGGCGGUCCGUGGUCGUCUAGCUGGCAGAUGCGGUACGCAAAGUUGUACCCUAACCGGCUCGAGCUGCACCCGGAUUCCGCAAAACCGGAAAUGGUGUUCAUGGACCAAGUGGAGGAAGUCAGCCCGGAACUCGUGCAAGUGAAAAACGAAAACUGCAUAGUUGUCCGGAUGAGGGACGGCAAAAUCGUCCUGACCAAUCCGGACGAGAUAGGCCUAAAAGAGUGGCUGCAGUCCCUGAAAUCUGCGCACAAGUUGUCGCAAGAGCUUCUAGGGUCGAUGGCAAAAAAGGCGGGUAAAAUAUACGGCACGGACUCGAACAAUAAGAACGCGAUCAUAGCGACGCACCGUAACACGAAUGGUAACUAAACAGAGAACUAAAAAAAUCAAUAAAAGAGACCCGAGUUUUUUUAAGUCUAAAGGCAUAAACAAAAAAGGCUAUAAAUAUGAAAUUUUUAGUGGAGACUUCUAGAAAAGUGUAAAUCAAUGUAUAUUGUUUAUUGUUCCUUCAUUAUGUUAUCUAUUUCAGAUGAAAUAACAAUUUUUUUACCAGAAGUUAUUGUAGACUGUAUUAAUUACUAAAAAAAAAUAACAUGACAAAG